UUAUAGAACCACCUCAUUGUACACAGCAUCGUCGACACAUUUGAGUAAAUUUCAAUUUCUUUAGAGUACUCAUUUCUGUAUGCAGCUUGAGUAUGCAGAUCGGGAUUAAAGAAAACGAACAAUCAACUUUAUUGGAUCCUAAAUUAGCUCCAAUGUUAUGGUUUCAUUACAACUAUUAUAUGCCUCUGGAAGAAAGCGACGACGAGGACAAUGAGAAAAGUGGUGAUGAUGACGAUGUGAGCGACGAAGACGAGUUUAGUGAGACAAGUGAUGAGGAUGAAUCUACAGAGGAAACUGAUGAUGAUGGAAUAAGUGAGGAUAACAAAAUUGAUGUAAGUGGUGAUGAUGAUGAUAACACUACUGAUGAGGCUAAGGAGGUAAAUGACACUUUGGUCCUUUACAACAUCUCUAGCAAACAAUUGGUAGCUUACGACAAGCCAGAUGAUUUGAAAGACCACUUUUAUUGGAUAACACCGCAAGGUUGGUUGCUCAUGCUGCACCGUGACUCACAUGAGAUCUUUUUGUGGAACCCAUCUACGUCUCAGAGAAUUAGCCUACCCUUCGAUCAAGAUAGAUUCCUCAGAAAGAAUUACACGAGGUGUUUGUUAUCGCAUAGUCCCACUGAUCCAAACUGCAUCGUGCUCGUACUAAGCCUUCAUGACACAAUAAUUUGGUAUUGUCAUAUUGGAGGAACCCAGUGGUCUAUGCAUAAGUACCAUGCUAGGAGGUUUCAUCAUCACCGUUUCACUGUUAUUAAAUCUAUGUCCCUUCUCACUGCAGUGGGGGGAAAGUUCUACACGACAUUUGGUGAUCGUAUUGUGACACUAGAAUUCUUCCCUUAUCCAACAUUUGAUAUUAUUCCUAUUAAAUCAGCACAUAAUAUAGUGUAUCACUUUGCGGAAAUCUGUUUGUUAGAAUCAAGCGGAGAUUUGUUCAUCUUGUUCUUUUACCAUCCAAUGACAUGUUCUCAAAAAACAGUGGAGAUCGAUGUUCACAAGCUGGACAUAACAAGAAGAGCUUGGGUGAAGAUGGACACACUUGAGGACAGAGCAUUUGUAGUUAAUACCAUUAAGAACUCUGGAGUAUCGGUUAAUGCAAAAGAAGUUUAUCUGGAUGGAAACUGCAUUUAUUUUUUAAUGCGUGGUGACAAAGGAUUAUAUGUGCACAACAUGGAACGAGGAACAACUACGGCCCUCAAUCCUGGUGCAGAUGUUAAUGUGGCAGCUCAAAUAUUGAUGCCUGCAUUUUGAUGUUGUCUUGCUUAGAUAUGCUGUGUUCUCUUUAUUAUUUUUCCAGUGAUGGUGUAUAAAACCAAUAGUUAUGUCAAAUUGCUCUAUUUCGUAGUGACAAGUGUAAUGUAAGCGUGCACUCAAUUAAGAGCAUGGUUCUUCGAUCUUGAGAAAAAGAGAGAUGAUUCUAAUUCCUCAUUUUCUGAAGAAAUUUUUUAAAAAGAAGGGUUUGUAUAUUGAAUUAGGCAAAAUUUGUUACAUGACACUUAAAAUAAAGGGUUAAUUGGAUCCAUGCCAUUGUAAAUUUCACGGUUUAGAAAUAUACCAUUACUAUUCGCUUAUUCGAUAUCAUGCUGUUAUAAUUUUACGAGUAUUUGAGAUAUGCGACUAUUUACCAUUCCACACCAUUUUCUAAUCAUUUAGGACCAAAACACCCCUUUGUUCUACCU